ACGAGAGAUGAGAACGACUGCAGUUGUGGAGGUUAGUGCGAAAUGUCAAACGUUGAUAUAUAAGGUGUCACAAAUAAACCUUGGAGGAAAUAUAAGAUAAGUAUACUCGCAAAUAUUUUUCAAAUAGAGUUUAUAAAAAAAUAUUCGCACAUUUUUCGUAUUUGAUCGGUUUUAAUCUAAUUAAUUUUAUAAAUUCGUCUUUACAACACGAUGAGCCGAGAUGCUUAGAUGUAGUUAAAUAAAUUGUAACUGUAACAAAUAUUAAAAAUUAACAUUUUAUGUAUUUGUUACAAUUAUAAUUAUAAUUUAUUUAACUACAUCUAAGCAUCUCUGAUCAUCGUUGUUGUAAUGACGAAUUCAUAAAGCUCAAUUAGACCAAAGCCGAUCCAAUACAAGAAGAUGUAUUAUUUAAUAAUUAAAACUAACUUUUUCUUUUUUGCAGAAGUAGAGAGCACACAAGAAUGAGACAUUGGAAGCCUUUGCAAGAAGGUGAUAUAUUCAAUGUUGAUAUAACAGUUUAUCUUAAUGGCUAUCUCGGCGAUUGCUCAGUCAUGUUUCAAGUUGGUAAGGUAGAUUCUGAAGGUAAACGAUUGGUAACAAUCACAGAUUUGUGUUUAAAGUCAGCUAUUGAAAUAUGCAAAUCAAAUGAAUAUUUCUGCAAUAUUGGUAAUAAUUUGUACACGAUUAAAAAUCUCAACUUGGUUAUAUGCUAUAACAUUCAUUUUUAACAUUUUGUAUAAUUUUUCUAUUUUGUUUUCAGGUAAUGUAAUAGAAGACAACAAAUAAACACAAUUUGAAUGUAAUACCUGCACAUUUGGGUUGUGGUAUUGGAACUUACUUUCAUGGUGCUCCAGACAUUUAUCACUUCGGUAUAGUGAAAAUAUUUUUUACUAUCAAUAUUAAUGCGCAUUGGCAUAUGACUAAUAGAAAUUAUCUAAUUCCAAUUUAUAGAUAAAAUAUAUCUUGCUUUUAAAAUAAAUUUCUACAUAACUGUAAAUAUUAAAUUGUCUUAUAUGUAUACUGAUAUUUUAACGCCUAUUUUUUUCGUUUUACAAAUGAUUUUUCUGACAAAAUAAAACCAGAUAUGACAUUUACUAUUGAACCAGCUUUAAGUCAAGGAACAACGCAGAUUGAAAUUCUGGAAGAUGGAUAGAAAAUUUGUACUGUUGAUAAUUCUAGGACAGCUCAAGUUGAACAUACAAUUUUAAUAACAGAUACUGGAUGCGAAGUGCUAACACUUUAAUGUACAAUCGAUAUUAUUGCUAUUUUAUAUAAAAAGUACCCAUAAAAUAUAUUAUUUUUAGCAUACAUAAAUUAAUUUGCACAUAUGCGUUUUAAUCUUACAAGUACUAUCUUGUGUUUUUAUAUGUAAAAAUAAAAGUUAGGUAAAAUUUAUGUCUAUUA